CCAAAGGUCCUGGGUUCAGUUCUUAGACCCUACAUGGCAGCUCACACCUGUCUAUAAUUCUAGUUCUAAGGGAUCUGACACCUUCGCACUAAUGUACAUAAAAUAAAAGUAAAUAAAAAGAAACUUAUUCUAAGUACUACCAUUUCGUGUUCAGACUUCAUUUAAUCAUAAGGAGAAACUAAGUUCAAGGGCCCAGGCCCUAGGGAAGCUGGGGACUUCCCAAGAGCUGAACAGCUUCUGUUGUAAGGAGACAGUUGUCUGAGUCCAGACAUCUCUAGGACAACUUUUAAGGAGACAGUUGUCUGAGUUCAGACAUCUCAAGGACAAGUCUUCUGUCUUGCUGGCAGGGUCAAACUACGUUCAUGUUCCCAGGCCCGAGAACCUAUUCACAUGCUGAUUAACGGAAACUCCCCUGCUCAAUCCCUUAGGUCAGAUAUGAUUGGACAAUGCUACAGCCCACCCGCCCUUGUUCCCCAUCCUUUAACUAUGCUGCACAACUCCCUUCAAGGUCAAGGUCGUAGCUCAGCUCCCAUCUGUUCUGGGGGCCCCAUUUGGCCAGUAGCAGCCGGAUUACAAUACAUUUUUGUCAUCUGCAUUGGCCUGGUGUUUGAGUUAUGUUGGAUGUAAGGGGAACCCCACAACACAGAGCAGCAGGUUGAGAACCAAACUAUAGCAGGGGUAGAUAUCAUUAAUGACUAGAAGAGGGCAUAAGGAGGAUCUCUGGAAACUUCCAACUUCUUGUAACUGGAUGCGAAGGGUUCUGAUCUCCCACUGGCUGAGUUGUCAGGACAUUUGGAAGGCUGAGCCUACUGUUGGCCCCAGGACACACCCUAGCCCUCUUCAGUCAGUUGAUUUGCAUGCUCUGUUGUGGUCCAGAGGUUUCCCCAUCCCUGUACCACAAGCGCCCAGAGCCCAGCCCAGCAGAAGAACUCAAAGCCAACCUUCUUGCUUCUGGCCAUGGCCUGUUUGGUUUGCCUGUUUCUCCUUAUGAUGGGAGCCUUCUCGGCAGUCUUUCAGCCAACCCUGACGGAUCCUGAUGCACUGCUGGUCUUCCCAGGCCAAGUAGCUCAACUUAGCUGUGCAGUCAAUUCCCAGCAUGCCUCCGUCAGAGACACUGGUGUAUCCUGGUAUCGGCAGCAGCCAGGCAACGCUCCGCAUCUUCUCUACUAUUACUCAGAAGAGGGGCACUAUCGGCCAGAGGACAUUCCCGACAGAUUCUCAGCUAGCACGGACACGGCCCACAAUGCCUGUGUGCUGACCAUCAGCCCCGUGCAGCCGGAGGAUGACGCCGAUUACUUUUGCUCCAUCAGCUUAUAACUUGGAACCCUAGGGCUGGGGUCUGUUCAUCUCUGAUUUCUGCCCUCUUGUC